AAAAACUCUGCUUCCUUGACAUUGCAAAAUGGAUCAUGGCAUGACAUGGAGCACGUAACUGCUGGCGUGAGAACCAAGGAGGAGUCAAAGUCCUGCAAACUGUGACACAGUCACACAGAUCCACAUACAUCUGCAGAGAGACUGAGUGCACACACACUCUCACUCACUCACUCACUCACUCUCACACACAGUGCUCAGCUGCAGUGCAGUGCAGAACAGAACUGUGUUCCCUCCUGUUGUCCCAAUAGUUUUAAGUAUUGCUGUGUUUUUUUUUGUGUGUGUGUGUGUGUGUAUGUUCUUUGCCUAUUUCCAGGAAGACAAUGAUCUCCCUGUGUUGGGGGUUGGCAAGUUGUUCUGUUUUCCUGCUGCCCCACAGCCCCAGUUCAGGUUUUCAACCAUCAAAACAGAUUUGAGAGGGUUUUUUCUCUCUCUCUCUCUCUCUUUUGUCUCCUUGGAAAAAGGGGUCAACAACAAGAAGAUGCCAAGUUGUUUCUGGACUUGAGAGCAGGGAGGAAGGCUCAGAGGUCACUUGUGUCUUGGGCAGAGGUACCUCUGCCUCGCUGGGAACCUGGCCAAAGCUGGAGGUGCCAUGACAUGUCCUGGAUCCUUGGAGUGUCCAAGACUUGCCUUGCUCUUGGACAAUGCACUUCGCAGGGAAGCCAAGUUAUGGAAAGUGCCUGUUUUCAAGACUUCAGGCAGUCAGGAUGCACAUUGCAAGCUAGCUCUCUCUCCGUACAAGCGUGAAAAAGAAGUCAUUUGGCUUGAGAAACUGUGUGCUCGGCUCUACUAUGAACCGGAGAUCUUCUUUCUUGCUGUCAGUAUUAUGGACCGCCUGUUAGCAUCAGUUAAGGCACAGGACAAGUAUUAUCGCUGCAUCGCUAUCUCCAGCUUGUUUCUGGCAUUGAAAAUGAACGAGGAAGACGAGAAUACAAUCCUGGCCAAGGACCUGGUGGGCAACAGCGGCUGCAGCUGUUCUCCCGCUGAGGUUCUGCGGAUGGAGCGAAUCAUUCUGGACAAACUGGAGUGGAACCUUUGCACUGCCACGGCUGUGGACUUCAUGAACAUACUCCACGCCACUGUGCUGUCCAGCCGGCCCCAUCUCCUCAGCCAGUGGCCUCAGAUGAACCCCUCUCGCCACGCGGCGUUUUUGACCAUACAGCUACAGCACUGUAUCGCCUGCCACCAGCUGUUGCAGUUCAGGGGCUCCACGUUGGCCUUGGCGAUUAUCAGCUUGGAGGUCGAGCGGUUGCUCCCCGACUGGUUCGCUGUUAUAACUGAUCUGCUGAAGAAAACACAGGCCGACAGCUCGGAGUUUAUCCGCUGCAAAGAGACUAUGGUGCGCCACAUGUACUCCCAUGCCACCUGCUGGUGCCCCAACACCGUCUACAUUUUUGAUCCUAUGAAUUUGGGUUCCAGUCAUUGCGAGGAUCGCAAAUGGGACUCGCGAGUUGGCUCACAGGGCAAAGCGACUCUGUGGUCAGGCCAGACAUUCACAGCCAGCUCCAACCCCGCUCCAGCCAAAUGUCCUGCGAGGAGCGAGAUUGGCAACCAUCUCGGGGCCCCACCGAAUCUGGAGGGCAAUGCUUCCCCUUGCCCCCCGUUACAGUCUGUAUAGGACCCGCAGGGGGGCAGUUCACAGCAAGAGUGAAGGAAAUAAGUGAUUAAUAUUACAACAAUAACCGAGCAAGAGCAUUGACAUAAGAAUCAGCUUGGACAAAGGGUUCCAACGCACAUAGAGGGAAUCGCUCCAGACUGUGAAAGACCUUUGUAGGUCGGUUGGUUGGUCGGUUGGUCGGACAGACAUCAGGAUUUACCACAGUGCUAGAUUCCUGUGAUGUCAAUCAAUUAGAAUUCUCUUGGACUUUAAACCUCUCAAAUAUUUCUCACUCAGACUGUCCUCACGCAAACUGGAAAAGACCCGGCUAAAAAAAANCAACAGCAACAGCGUAGCAAGAUUCUCUCCACCGUGAGCCCACAAUGUGACAGACAAUCAUUGAUUUGCACAAGAUACGUGUUCCCCAUCUGCACAACUUGGGAGUCAGUGCGACUGAAGCCCAUUCCUUCCGUACGUUUCUUGUAUUGCAUGUUAUUUCACCCACCAGAAUACAGGUGGUGCGUCCGCAAUGCGUCUACCGAGCAAUAUUAAGCUGAUUUACUCUCAAAUGUACUGUAUAUCCCUCACUUUUACAGCACAAAAAUAAUAGUUUCUGUUUGUAUUGUUUUUCAAGGUGCACUGGCGCUAUCUCGUGGCAAUUAUAUGCAUAGCAGCUUCACUUUAUUUUUAAGUUAAAAUUAUAAGCAGUUCCACUUGAAGUAUUAAUACCCCAAUGGUGCAUAUGUCUUUCAUCUGGGCAGGGGGGUGUUGUAAAGUAAUCCCAUCAUAUUUGUUACCUGUAUUAUUACAUCAGGAAUUUUAAAUUGAGCGUUUUAACCAGACAGUAAGGCCAUAUUAAUCAAAGUGGAAUUUUUCAAUGUGUACAACAUAUACAUAUAUAUCUAUAUAUAAGUAUAUAUUGUAUGU